AUGGCCAAAGAUCUUGUUCUAAUCACUGGUGCUGCCAGCCAUGUUGGUUUUGCAACUCUACAGAAACAUCUAGAAGAUGUUGAGUUUGUGCUUAUUUCAGACUUGCAAGAGCCCAGUGGACUGAAAGAAGCUAUCAAGGGCGUAAGCGGUGUUAUCCAUGUUGCCACACCUAUCCCGUUAAAACUUGACAGAGAUGCUAUGGCGUACUAUGCGGCACUUAAGUUCAUCGAAACCAAAAAGCCUUAUUUCGAUGUGAUACACAUGCUGCUGGGUUACGUCCAGGGCGCCAAUGAGCUGUACAGCUCGGCUGAAGAAAUGGUAGAUACAGAUCGAUGUGGAUCCAAUAAUGGAGUGAUAUUGACAGCAGCUUAUGUUCUUUUCUUGGAGCCAGAAAACGCGAAGGGUUGUGAUAAUUUUAUCCUAGCUGGGCAUAGCGGCCAGAACGUCCCUUGGAAAGAAUUUGUUCCCAUCAUUCGCGAGCGUUUUCCAGACGCGAGGAACGAUGAUAUCCUUAUUUCUUUCGAUGUUAACAAUUCUGAAGCGGCAUUCGGCAAAUUCCUUGGAAGCGAAGAAAUGAUUCAAAAUGUUGUUAGUCAAUAUGUAGAUCUUCUUGAAUCGCAAGACAGUAUGCAGUAG